GUUUUUGGAUGUGUUUAUUCUAUCACUAGUGGAUCAAUUUAUCUAUUUGUCGUUUGAUUAUUAUAAUUUUUAACCUCUUGAGUCUACUAUUAACGUAUUUGUGAUAUAUGUUGUGUUUAUAUCAAAGGAAAAAUAUAUGUAAAGUAUGAGAAGUCCAUCAGUCUGGAUCUAUUAAAUUUUUGUUUAUUGAAGUGUAAAUUGUAUUUAUAAGAAAUGGCUGAAAUUUACAAAGUUAUACAUCCGGUAAAAUAUUUCACUUCUUAUAUUGAACGAAAUGUUCGUCCUGAUGGAAGAAAAUUCGAUGAACAUCGUAAUAUAAAACUUAAUAUCAACACAAUAAAAUCUGCUGAAACAAGUGCACUAGUAAAAUAUGGAAAUACAACAGUUAUUUGUGGUACAAAAUUGGAGUUGGCUGCACCAAAAGCUGAAGACCCAGAUUCAGGGUUUUUAGUAACAAAUGUUGAAUUGGUAUCACUGUGCUCACCAAAGUUCAGGCCAGGACCUCCAUCAGAUCAUGCUCAAGUUGUUAGCAAUGUUGUAUCUGAAAUCAUUAAUAAUUCAAAGUUUGUCAACUUAAAAGACUUAUGUAUUGUAUCGGACAAACUGGCUUGGGUACUAUAUUGUGAUAUUGUUUGUCUAGAUAAUGAUGGAAAUAUUGUAGAUGCAUGCAUAACAGCUUUAACUGCAAGUCUAAAAACAUUGUCACUACCAACUGUAACAUAUGAUCCAGAAACAGAAGAAAUGAAAGUUGAUACCAACAAUAGGAUAUCCUUGAAAGUAAAUGGUUUGCCAGUUGCUACGAGUUUUGCAAUAUUUCCCCAUUGUGAAAAAAGUAUAUUAUUAACUGACCCAAAUACUUUUGAAGAAGAGAUGUGUGGUGGCAAUGGUGCUAACAUGAUAGUUUCUUGGAACAAUGGAUUCCUGUGUGGAAUAUUGAAAUCUGGAGGUGGUACACUUUCAAUUGAACAAGAAAAGGAGGCUAUAAAAGUAGCAAAGGAAAGAACACAGCUUGUUGAAAAACUUAUAGAUACAUGUAUUUUAAAAAAGGAUUAAUAAGAGUAUUUUUUAAUAAAUAAAUAAAAAAUAA